AGCGUUGUAACUUUGCAGAUCUUUUUUAUGCUCAAACAGCAAUAUUACAGACUAACUAAAGUAGAAAAAGUGGAAAAGCAUAAUAGCACCGAUUUAAAGCAAAAAAAAUGCAUUUAGUUAAACAUUCCACAGAGACUGUACAUAGAGCUUAACUUGUGUUUAUAAUUGUUUUAACAUGGUUUCUGUUAAUAGAUAAUCAUUCCAGCUUCAUGCAUCUUAUAUAUAUGUGUAUAUAUAUAUAUAUAUAUAUACGUCUUUGUAAAAUUUCCCUGAAAUAGAUGCUACAGUUUCAACAAACCAGCAAUGUCACUCUAUGAUAUUCUCUAUGAUAUUGUUGUGUACAAAUUUUAUAUGACCUAAAAAGAGAAUAAAGUGUUGAAGAGUUAAUCAUUAAAGGGAAAUAAAUCAGGUUUACCAGCUAACACGUUGUGACAGGAAAUAACCACUAGAUGGAGACAAUGUCAAAUGUGGAGUUGCAUGUUAAGCUCACUCUAAUGACAGUCAGUUCACCUUUGACCUGCUCACACACAGGGCUGAAAAUGAGAAACAAAUGCAAAAUUCUUGUUAAAGGGCUGCCUAAUUAAUUUAUUGUGUAGGCAGUAAUUUAUCUUCUUUUUGUAAAAUGUUAUAUUUGAAAGCUUUUGUUUUUUCCCCCAUGAUUUAUAGCAGUUUGAAAUUGAAAUUAUGUAAAUAAUGUUGAAUCACACUUUUUUUUUUUUUUUUUUUUCAAAAACUAUAAUGAUGCUGUGGAGAUAAAUAAAGACAAAUACAGAUGUGUUUGGUUCAUAUUUUGAACUUUGAACUCAAUUUGGUGUCCAUUCUGAGUCCAAGUAAAGAUUAAUAUUCAAAAAGAGACAAUAAAAUGUUUGAUUUUCUUUAUAUUUGUGCCAGUGUCAUGUCUCUUAUAUCAUUCUUCUUGUCAACUUCUACUUUGGAUAAAAGUGCAAAAUUUAGUAUCGCAAAUUUGACAAGUGAACACAGUGGAAAAAAUUAUGGAAAGUACAUCGAUUUUUUUUGUUUUGUUUGUUUAUUUUUCAUUUAAAAGUGGAAACAGAACACUUGUGUAUUGAGUUUGAAAUUGAAGAUAUAAUGAUGAAAGAAUGAAAAAAAAUAUAGUGAUUAUGUGCAAAGAUGAAGAUGUAAUUAACAUGAACUCCCAACAGAAGCACAUUAUUAAACAUUUAUUGUCGAGGGGAGGAGACAUUUGCGUAUAUAAAAAAAUUGCUAAAUGUAUCAUUUGCCAAAGUUGCUGUCAUCCUGCUCACUGGGAACAAUGCAAACCCUUUACACUGAGGACCGAAUGGGACUGGACUCACUCUGGUGGACAUACAACUAUUAGAUUCAAAUUCAUCGUUGCUGUGUUCUAUACAAUUCAAGAAGGAAGACUUGAUGUCUCGCCUGAGUACUUCACACAUGAAUCAUAGUGCAGUGAACCAAAGUGAUGUCUGUCAGGAAUAUUCGUGUCCAGAGAGAUCUGUUUCUUUAUCUGUCUAUGUGAUUCUGUAUGCGGCUGCAGCAGCUGUGUCUCUUCUGACCGUGUUUGGAAACCUGCUGGUCAUCAUCUCUGUUAGUCACUUCAAGCAGCUCCACACACCUGCGAACAUCCUCAUCCUCUCUUUGGCUGUGUCCGAUCUUCUGGUUGGACUUUUUGUGAUGCCUUUUCACUUAUCUUGGCUCAUUGAGUCGUGUUGGAUUUCUGGACCAGUGAUGUGUUCAGUUUUCAGUUUUGUGACUUUUCAGGUACCAACCGUGUCUGUUCACACUGUGGCUCUGAUAGCAGUUGAUCGGUUUUUGGCUUUAAGUUCUCCUUUUCUUUACUCUGAGAAGAUCUCACCCACUGUGAUCUGCAUAGCAACUUUAUUUAACUGGCUGUUUUCACUCCUUUAUAACUUUACUCUUCUUUACGUUAAUAACUUCACUGAUGUCAUGUGUCCAGGAGAAUGUAUUUAUGUCUUAGAUGAGAUUUCAUCCCUCGUUGACCUCAUAGUUGUGUUUCUUAUGCCUUGUACACUCAUUAUAAUAUUAUACACUCAUGUUUUUGUCAUUGCUAAGAAACAUGCGACUGCUAUAAGAGCUCUUCAGAUUCACAACAGAACAGAAUCAUCCAAAAACAGAGUCAGUGACAAAUCAGAGCGAAAAGCCGCAUUUGCACUCGGGAUUCUGGUCUUUGUUUUUCUCCUGUGUUUACUGCCAUAUUAUAUUUUUUCUUUAACAAAUUUCUUAAAAAAUGACUCAUUUUCUAAUGUUAUCAACAGUGUUUCGGUUCUCUUUUACCUUAAUUCCUCCAUCAAUCCACUUAUCUACGCUCUGUUGUACCCUUGGUUUAAGAAAAGUGUAAAGAUAAUUCUUACUUUUAAAGUAUUGAACACAGACUCCUCUCUGAUGAAUGUCCUGUCAUUAAGCUCUUAAUGAAAAACAAAUGUCUGUCCUCUAUUUUCUAUUGUCUAUGUUUCAGUAUUUUCUAAUGUUAGUUUUGAUCAUUAUUGUGCAGUAAAAAUAUGAUUAUUCAUAAAUUUUGAUGAAUAA